AUGACCCCCAUUCAGAAGCCGACAUCAGCCCAGCCGGCGCUGGAAUCUCCGGCAUCUCCUCCCGCCUCUUCCACUCCGUCUUCUGACUCUACUGCUUCUGCCUCUGCCUCUGCUACUACCACUCCCGCUCCAGCAGCAAUGGCAAAGACAUUCCCUCCUGUACAGCCUGGAGGCAGUUUAAUCCUAGCAUGGCAAAUCAAGCACAAGAAGGUGCUUGUUGUCGGCGGUGGUGAGGUCGCCGCUGGUCGGAUCCUCAACUGUCUCAACGCCGACGCCAAUGUUACUGUCGUGUGCCCCAAGUCUGGUCUCAAUCCCGAAGUCGCCUUUCGAGUUAGCGAAGGUCAGGUCGCCCACGUCGACCGAGUAUUCGAGCCCGAAGAUUUAGAUGGAGCCAGUAUGGUCCUAGUCGCCAUCGAUGACCCCGCCGCCUCGACUGUUAUCUGGAAGCUUUGCAAGGAGCGAAAGGUCCCUGCUAACAUUGCCGACGUGCCUCCCGAAUGCGAUUUCUACUUUGGCAGCAUCCAUCGCGAUGGCCCUCUACAGAUUAUGGUUAGCACCAACGGCAAGGGACCAAGGUUGGCGGCUGCUAUUCGGCAAUUCAUUGCCAAGCAACUGCCGAAAAAUGCUGGUAACGCCAUCGAGACGAUUGGUGAGCUACGGCUCAGAUUAAGAAAGAUGGCUCCCAAGCCUGAAGAUGGGCCUAAGCGCAUGCUCUGCAGGAUGUCUAAAGUUAGCGAUACCUACAAGUGGGACGAGAUGUGUGGCCUUACAGACGAAGACAUGGACAACCUUCUCUUAUUUUACCCUGCCAACAAAGUUCCCGCGAUGGACGUCCUACUAGCUCUCCGCGGAGGCACCGAUGUUAAGAAGCUCGAUGUCUUCGAUGGGUCAUUUGGCUUCAGCGUCGGCGCAUAG